UCUUGGUUUUGUCAAAGUCCCCAACAUAGCAACCUUAUUAUUAUUAUUGUCUAAUAACAGAUUUCCAACUCCUACUAUUCUGGAUCAUCAAGACAUUUUAAUCUCUAACUUGGGAACAUUUUUCAAUCUUUUCUUACCAUCUUCUCUCCGCAUCUCACUCAAACACACCCCAAACAAACACUUUCUGUGUCCCUCUAUGCAGAGUCUCACUUUCAUCAACAUCAUCAACAAGUUUUGAUACAUUUUAAUUUGUCUCUGAACACAAACUCUUAUGGCACUGUUUAAGACACGAAACAGGAGAUCAUCAUCACCAUCGUAUGUAUCAACCUUGGUAACAUUAGGAUUUAUAGCAUUAUGUAUUUUUGGUGUAUGGAUGCUAAACUCCAACUCUAGGCUUUCAUCUCAACCAGACGAAGAAGAGAGCACUGCCACUACCGCCCGAACAGCCGUUGAUACAUCCGAAACCAGAAACAAUGACUUCUCUACCUCGGAUGCCAAAAACACUGAAGAAACGGUAGAAACCAGGACCGUUGUCCCCAAAAUUGAAGAGCAAAAGGAGACUCCUACUGCUGUUUAUGGAGAUAAUCCCGGUCAUCUACCUGAGGAUGCCAUUAAAUCUGAUGAUAAAAACAUAAACAAUGAUCAAAACAAACAACAAAGUGCUGUUCGUGACUCUCAGAUAUCGGAGGAAAGCUCGAUAAUGCAAAAAGAACAAGUGUCUGUAAUACAAGAAUCUAAUUUACAGAAUGAUGAGAAAGCUUCUGAAGAAAACAAAAAGGAGGAAGAAGAGAAUACCAAGCCUCAAGAUGUUACAGAAUCUAAUGACGCAAAUGCUGCUGAAAGUCAAGAACAAAGCACGGGACAACAAAGUUUCGACACACAAGGGUCUAAAAACGAUGAGGAUGAAGCAAAUAAAGAACAAUUAAGAGAAGACAAAGGCGAGAGUGAAGAGAAACAGAGCUCUCUAAGCUCUAAGGUAGAAUCGGAGAAAAAUAAUGUGAAGCCAAAAGCAAAGAAAGGAAGAAAUUCAAAGAAGACAUGGUCAACGCAAGUAGAUCAAUCCCAAAUCGAAAAAAAGAGACAGAAAGGCGAUGAAUCAGGAGGAAGUGAAGAGAAACAGCAAGACUACAAGUGGAGUCUGUGCAAUGUUACCGCAGGUGCUGAUUAUAUCCCUUGUUUGGACAAUGAAAAAGCCAUUAAAAUGUUACAUUCUACAAAACACUUUGAACAUAGAGAAAGACAUUGUCCUGAGGACGCACCUACUUGUCUGGUGCCACUUCCUGAAGGUUAUAAAACACCCAUCAGAUGGCCCAACAGCAGAGAUAAGAUAUGGUACCACAAUGUACCACAUGUGAUGCUGGCCGAGGUAAAGGGACAUCAAAAUUGGGUGAAGAUGACAGGUGAAUACUUGACAUUCCCAGGAGGUGGCACCCAAUUCAUUCAUGGAGCUUUACACUACAUUGAUUUUCUCCAACAGGCUGAAGCCGGUAUUGCAUGGGGAAAGCACAGCAGGGUGAUUUUGGAUGUUGGCUGCGGGGUUGGAAGUUUUGGCGGUUUCCUAUUCGAAAGAGACGUCAUUGCAAUGUCUUUGGCGCCGAAAGACGAACAUGAAGCACAAGUUCAAUUUGCACUUGAGAGAGGUAUUCCUGCCAUAUCUGCUGUCAUGGGUUCUCAAAGGCUGCCAUUCCCUAGCGGAGUUUUUGAUCUCAUUCACUGUGCGCGAUGUCGAGUACCUUGGCAUGUAGAAGGUGGCAAGCUGCUUUUGGAAUUGAAUCGAGUUUUGCGGCCAGGUGGCUAUUUUGCUUGGUCUGCUACUCCUGUAUACCAAAAGCUUGAAGAAGAUGUUCAGAUAUGGAAGGAAAUGACUUCACUAACUAAGGACAUGUGUUGGGAGCUUGUGACUAUCAACAAGGAUGAACUGAACCAUGUUGGUGCCGCCAUUUACCGCAAACCCACAUCCAACGAAUGUUACGAGCAAAGAGAGAAAAACGAACCUCCGCUAUGCAAGGAUGAUGAUGAUCCAAAUGCUGCCUGGUAUGUACCUCUGCAGGCAUGCAUGCAUAAGGUGCCCACAAACAAGGCCGAGAGAGGAGCCAGAUGGCCUGAAGUUUGGCCACAACGGUUGCAAAAAGCUCCGUAUUGGCUAAACAACUCACAGGUGGGGAUCUAUGGAAAACCAGCUUCUAAAGAUUUUGUAGAAGACACGGAACGUUGGAAGAACGUGAUGGACGAGUUGACCAACAUUGGUGUAACUUGGGCUAACGUGAGAAAUGCCAUGGACAUGAGAGCUGCCUAUGGAGGAUUUGCGGCAGCACUGAAGGAACUUCCAAUUUGGGUGUUCAAUAUAGUGAACAUAGAUGCUCCUGACACACUGCCAAUAAUCUAUGAGAGGGGUCUUUUUGGGAUAUACCAUGACUGGUGCGAAUCAUUCAGCACGUAUCCACGAUCGUAUGAUCUACUUCAUGCAGAUAAACUUUUCUCUAAGAUAAAAGAGAGGUGCAAACUUGCUCCUAUUAUAGCAGAGGUUGAUAGAAUAGUGAGACCGGGAGGGAUGUUGGUUGUUCGCGAUGAACGUAGCAUCAUCAGCGAAGUGGAGACUUUGUUAAAAUCUCUACAUUGGGAAAUAAUCUACUCCAAAGAACAAGAAAGCUUGCUCUCUGCAAAGAAAGGAACAUGGCGGCCUAUUACCAUAGCUUCUUCCUGAUAAUGGAUUCAACAUCCCUGCUUUAAUUUAAGGUUUCUUCUCAGACAAAUCUGAGAAGAGACAGUAACAUACAUUUGGUUUUCAGUUCAGUUUUAUUUUUUUUAUUGCAUACAUAUCUCAGUUUUCAGUUUUUUUGUCCAGAGAUACAGAGAUUUAGAUCACACACAAUAGAGAUGUUGGCAUAAGGGAACACCUACAUGCAGAUUUAGAUUUUAGUCAUCCAUUUAACAUCUCUUGUUAUUCUGUUAUAAUAUAUGUUUAUAUUAAGCACCAGUAAAUUCCUAAGUUAUUAGAUUGUUCAAAACAGAACUAUUAUAUUUGUUGUUUGUAAUACAAGACAAUUUGAUAUUGGUUUCUUUGUAGGCCCA